UGCAAUCUUUCUUUCUCUUCUCUCUCUCUCUCUCUCAUUCUCUCUCUCUCUCUAUCCAUUACGAAUCACCAAUCAAUCAUCACGUAAUCUUCAUCUUCUUCUUUUUUUUCAUUUUCUUUUUUUCUCUUCCGUGUGAUUAGUCCUUCCACCGAGUCAAUCGGCAUGACUCGGCGGUGCUCACACUGUAGCAACAACGGCCACAAUUCCAGGACAUGCCCCAACCGCGGCGGCGGCGGAGUGAAGCUGUUCGGUGUGAGGCUGACGGAUGGAUCAAUCAUAAAGAAGAGUGCGAGUAUGGGGAAUCUGAUGACGCUUCACCACCAUUGUUCGUCUCCUUCUUCCUCGUUUGUGGCCACCGCCGGCGAUAACCCAGGCUCGCCUGAUCCCGUUGGUUACUUGUCCGACGACCCUGCCCACGCCUCGUCCUUCGCCAACCGCCGUGGCGAAAGAAAGAAAGGUGUUCCAUGGACUGAAGAAGAACAUCGGAUGUUCUUAGUUGGUCUGCAAAAGCUGGGGAAAGGAGAUUGGCGUGGAAUAUCACGUAAUUUUGUUGUAUCAAGAACCCCUACUCAAGUAGCAAGUCAUGCCCAGAAGUAUUUUAUCCGACAGAGUAAUGCUACCCGGAGAAAGAGGCGUUCCAGCCUCUUUGACAUGGCUCCAGAUAUGCCUACGGAACCGCCUUCGGUGCUGGAAAAACAAGUACUGCUUCUGACCUCUGAGAACUCACAAUCUCCCAAUGUAAAAUCACAACCUUCAUUAAAUCUAUCUCUCAAAUCUGAAGUUGACCCCAUGGAAAUUGCUUCUGAGGAAAAUGUGAAAGAGAACAAUGUAGCUAAUGGGUUGAAAACAAAGGCUCCUGAAUACUUCCCAACUUAUGUACCUGUCCAAUUUUCCAUAUGGCCAUCACUGGAAGCUUCCUUUCAAGAAAGUAAUGGAGUAGAGACAUCUCAUCAUGAGGUUGUAAAGCCAAUUCCAGUCGUUCCCAAGAAUCCGGUCAAUGUUGAUGCACUUGUGGGAAUGUCUAAUCUGAGCAUUGGAAACACACAGAUGAUUCUUAAAAGGGAGCCUUCCCCACUUUCCCUGAAAUUGUUAACCUAAGCAGUGGCAAGAACAAUCCAAUCCAAGCUGUUUGAGUCUAUUGAAGACAACAGUAAACUAAGCCUUUUUUUGGUCAUCUUUUUCAUUUGUAAUAUCACAUAUAAUUUUUUUUCUCCUUUUCUUUUCUAAGUCAUAGUGUUUUAAUGUUUGGAAGAUUAUCUUCCAAGUAGUAUGAAAGUUACAUGAUGGUAUGUAGCUCAGGUUAGAUCGAUUCUUGACAAACAUAUAUUCUUUCGUUCUAAGUGUAAACAAAUGAAGCUUAAAUAAUCAUAUAUACGGCCAAGAGGUUUCUCCUCUUCCACUAGGUUUGGUUAAAA